CAUGUGAGGCUUCAGGCUCCAACGCUUCAAACCCUGCACAGCGGAGAGCGAGGUUAGUCCGCCUGCACCGUGCAGGGAGACAGCGGCCUUUACUGAGAGGCGCUUUAAGUUAACCCGGUGACCGACUGACGGAUAUGAGAUGUGCUCGGGAUGCUGUCAGUACACGUUGAAGAACAACAAGAGAGGACAAUGAUACGAACAUGAUCAGCGCCGAUGGCUUCUCAAAAUGCGAGGCGACUCCGCGAGAGAGGUCCAGGAGGAGGCCCCCCGCAGAGAUGCUCCAUCUGCUGUCAGCUGUCAUUGUUUGGCUGGUGACGGGGACCACCAUCUCCAGCCUCAACAAAUGGAUAUUCGCAGUCUACAACUUCAGGUACCCUCUGCUGCUGUCAGCUCUGCACAUGCUGACCGCCAUCGUGGUGGACUACGUGCUGAUCAAGCUGCAGGUGAUCCGCCACAGAGGGGUGGGAGAACCGGACCUGACCCCCAGUGCCAAAUGUAAAGUGUUCCUGUUGAGUCUGACUUUCUGUGCCAGCAUCGCUUUUGGGAACAUGGGUCUGAACUAUGUCCAGCUGUCCUUUGCACAGAUGAUCUACACCACCACCCCGCUCUUUACUCUGGCCAUCUCCACGCUGAUCAUGGGCAAACAGCAUCACAUACUCAAGUACACAGCCAUGAUGCCCAUCUGCCUGGGAGCCUCCUUCAGCAUCAUGGGAGAGGUCCAGUUUGAUCAGACCGGCUGCUUCUUUGUGUUCGCAGCGACCAUGUUGAGGGGUGUCAAGUCAAUUCAGCAGAGCAUCUUACUCCAGGAGGAGAAAAUCAACUCUGUGUUCCUGCUCUACCUGAUGUCCAUUCCUAGCUUCUGCAUCUUGGCCGUGGCGGCUCUGGCCUUAGAGAACUGGGCCGUGCUGGAGUCGCCGUUUCACUACGACCGCCACCUGUGGGUCUUCAUCUUGCUCAGCUGCCUGGGCUCGGUCAUGUACAACCUGGCCAGCUGCUGCGUCAUCACGCUCACCUCUGCCGUCACUCUGCACGUCCUCGGCAACCUGAGCGUGGUGGGGAAUCUGCUCUUGUCUCAGCUGCUUUUCGGCAGCGAGUUGUCGGCCCUCAGCUGCGCAGGCGCGGUGCUGACAUUGUCCGGCAUGCUCAUCUAUCAGAACUCGGAGUUUAUCGUCAGCUUCCUGGAUGCACGCAGGGCCAAAGCUGAAAAGUCUGGACAGGCGGAUUUUCACACUGCAAGUGGAGAGGACUUGGACAAAGCUAGUGCAUCCGAACCAACAUAUCAUCAGCAGAGAACAUCUGAGAAACCGGAAGACAAGAUAGACUGAACUGAAAAGAUGAAGGAGAGAAUAGAACUUAGAAGGAUAAAAUGAUUCAAAUCCUGGCUAUGUGAGGGUGAGUGUGACUUUUUAAGGUCAUGUGACAGAUCCUUUUUUUUUUUUUUUUUUUUUUAACUAUUUUUUAACCUCCUUACUGUGCCAGUUUAGUUCUACUCUGGUCACACAGAAGUGUCGUCUGCAGAGAGGAAAAGGUUGCCUUUGUUAGGCACGGUGACGGUUAAAUUCUCUCCUUCAUCUGUAAAUCACUCAUACAUAGCCUUUAGUGGUAUAUGCAUGCAUGAGCACACUAAACUGUCUGAUACCUCAUCAGGUAUUCACACUCAUACUACACUGUGAAAAUGUUCUCAUUGACAGAGGGCUCUAAUCGAUGUUUUGAGUGGCGGUCGUGGAUAUUGCGGGCUGCAGAGAGCCUCGUGUGACGUUGAGGCAUAGAGAGAGAGAGAGAGAGAGAGAGCACUCCGCCUCAAAUCUGAACGGGCACAAUUUGUAUAAAAUAUAUUUAUUAAUGGUACUGUUACCUGACACUCACCUGGCCCUGUCAUGGUAAGGGACUGGGUUUUUGGCAGCUUUUUUUUUCUUUUCUUUUUUGGUAUUUGAACCACAAAGCUUGUUACAUAAGGACGCUAAAACUUUUAUUUAGAGGAUGAAGUUAACAAUGAGACGCCUCUUUUCAUCUACUUAAGCACAUUUUUAAAUAAGAGGCCAGAGCUCUGUGUAUUUUGUCCUCACCUAUGAAACCUCAGUGUGGCUUCCCACUUAAGGCCUAGAUUUUGUUCUCAGGCAACUCUCUGAAGAAUUAAUCCAAUUAUUUCAAUCUUGUACACCAGAGCGCUCGCUGUAGCUUUCCUCGAUAAUUAGGUUCACAAGUUCUCUAAGGAGUGUCACUCAACUAGAGCUGUCUUUUCCCUCUGGAAGAGACAAGGAAAAAGAAGAUUGAGAUGUCCUUUAAGGUUACUUCUUAAAUCCCAACCAACGUCAUCUGUUCGGUUUAAUGUUUCCCUUUUACUGUAGGUGACAAUUUUUCAAAAGUUACCAGCUCAUCUUAAAAGACUGACCUCUGCUGUACGAUGUUAUUUUUUUUCUGUCAGUAUUUGAAAAGCAUUUCAUUAAUAUUUUAUUUUGUGAAAAAAAAAAGAAACACGUUAUAUUCCCUUUCUUUAUAUUUAUGUGGAAGAAACUAUUUAUUUUUGACUUACCAUAGCAGUCACUGGCUUUGUUAUGCUGUAGAUGUUGGUCCUCAUGUGUCCACCACAUGCAUACCUGUCUUAUAAGUUGGUACAUUAGUCUCUCCUGUCCUCUCUUUUUAGAGAAAAGUCAUGCUAUGACUGCAUGUCGCUGCUCCUGAAAGCAUCUUAAAUGAUCCAGGAUGUCUGUUGAUGUUUACUCCCUCCUACAUUUUUGGUUUGCCAAAUGUUUUUGUAAGCUCUUUUUGGUCACACUGUGUCAAAAUACUGGUUCCGUCAUUGACCAGAUAUGAUCUUUCGUCACAUACAGUUGAGCUCUCGCAUGACGACAACAACAACAACAACAACAAAGCCAUGCGUCAACGACACUCGCCAUCUUUUCUGCGCACUUUGCCAUAAGGAUAACUAGAAGUAGGAUUUUAUGCUGAAAGAUUUUACUUGACGUAUCACAGAUGUCAUUUUUCAAGGGUGCCAUUCAUAAAAUCACAUUCUCAGAAGCAUCAUUUAUGACCCCGAGAUGCUUUUUCGUGAAUCCCCAGUCAUUUUAGAAUAGUGCGAGAAAGCUAUGAAACGGUUUUAGGUUGCAUUUUGAUAAAUGGCUUUGCUAGUUUAAUAUUUCUAAACAGACUGAUGUCGUCAGCGACUCUCAAUUACAGGUUUAAAGAUUAUGUACAGCAGAUCAUUUCACUGGUUUUACACUAUUGAAUACCUCAGCUGUUAAAUAGGAUUUGUUAUGCUCUUGUGUUCAUUGAUUAUUAAUUAUUAGACUGAGAUCAAGCUGCUUUUCAGUAACCACAAUUAAACUGCAGCAUGGGAAUGAUGGAUUCAUUCUGUGUUCAGUAGAUCACAGAUAUUAACAUGUUAAAAACACAUUAUUGAUCAUUAUGAUGAUGAUCAGAGCACAUUUUUUUCAGUUCUAUCUCAUUAAAACAAUUGCAAGCCUGUGGAAGUUUGGCUGCUUGUUCUCUUGUUUAACAUGUUGUGUUGAUAUUGAGUUUGAGGCAAAGAAACUGUUGCACUUAAAAGGUACGAAGACGCUUCCUUCAAAGCCUACGGUUCCUGUGUACGUGCUGGUUUUAAUUGUUUGCAAAGCUGGUUUGGUGUAAAUAUUUGUUUUAUGAUAAUAAUGUAUUUUUUGUUUUUUGUCAUAUGGCUGGUUUAAAGUAUACUGGUUAAAGAAUGAAACAUUUGCCUCAUGCCUUAUUUGGACAUACUGUAGAUAAGAAAGGAGGGAAUUUUAUCAAAUUUUUUGAUUCAUACUUUCAAUACCAUGAGCAGCUGCAGGUGCUUCUGUUUAGGGGCAAAGAUGUGGGUGAUUCAUGAACACAUGAUCUGCAAUUGCUUGGAUAAAAAUAUAUGGACUGGUAAUAACCAUAAACAACUGACAAUAAACAAUUACAAUA